AUUUUUGCACAGUCUAUACAUAUAAGCGUGUGCUAUGUGCAUACUCAAAGAAUGUUUACAUUUCUAAAAAAAUAUUGACAUUUAUAUUUUAAAACGAAUUGUUUAAAAAUAAAAAUAUUUAAGUAUCAAUAUAAUAUUUCAUAAAAUCAAUGAAAAUAGAAAAGACUCUAUAGUAAUAUGUUAUUGUCAUUUUUAACAAUAACGUAAAAAUCAUAUGGUUUGCAUGAAAUUAUGUUAAAUAUGAAAUUGAAACAAAUAUAAUGAUAUAUUAAAUAUAUAAUAAUAUAUAUUACUGUGAAUAUAUUUACAAAUAAUGAACAAAAUAUUAUGAGAAGUUAUGAGAAUGAUUUUUAUAAAAUACAUUUUUUAAUCAAGAUAAAUUAAUUGGUAUCAGAUCUACAAUAAAUUCCUUAGAUGCACCGCAGGAGGUUUUGAGAAGUGGGGUAAGGAGUAAGGGUGGGGAAGUUAAGAAGAAGGAGAAGAGAAGCAGAGAAAUUCGUAGCGACGCUUCGUAAGCAGAUUCAUUUGCUUUUUAGUCACGUAUUUGUAAUUCGUUGAUUCGUUUUAUGAAUUAUUUUGUACAUUUGUAUUUAUACAUAGACAUUUAUAAUUUGUAUUCAUUUGUAUCUUAAUUAUAUGAUUGAUAAUUAUAUUAUAUCGAAAAAGUAAUGAACAAACAGGUGUAUUAAAAAAGAGAAAAUAAGAAAAUAGUAAUGACUACAGUAAAGUAGAUCACGGUGUAAGACUAUCUUCAUCUUAAAAGGCGUCAAGCCAAUUAUCAGAGAAUCAGGUUCAAUUAAAAGGCAAGCAACAAUCAUCAGAAUGACUGCUGCUUAUACAAACGAUCCUAUAUCUCAGGAACAGAACGUAGAAAAGAAGACAAGUACAAUAGUUAGUAAAAUAUUAUACAACAAGAAAGAACAAGCAAUGCUGGAGGAAAGCACUGAAUUUGCUAAUACAGGAAUUAUGAAGCUUGCAACAGGUGGUGAGGAGCAAGAAGAAAUCGUUGUUAAUAAAGAAAAACUUACACUUUGUAUAUCGGUUAAUACAUCAGAAUUGCUUGAACAAAAAGUUAAAAAUAUUGUGGAAUAUAAAAAUAAUGAAGAUAGUGAAUUUCUAGAAAAAAAUGAAAAUACUUCAGUUAUUAUUGAAGAUAUUCAAAAUGCAACUAUUAAUAUGGGUGAAAUUAAAAAUGAAGUGAUAAAAGAUUGUGAUUUGAGUGUACCAAAAUCGACUUCAAAUUUAAUUGUAUCAAUGAAAGUCGAUGCGUUUCUCACCGAAUGUGAUUUUCAAGAUAUUAUAUCGGAAACACGUGAAACUGAUCUUUUUCCGCAAGAUAAUUUUAAGUUACAAGAAUUGCAAAACUCUAUUGAAAAUAUUGCUAUGGAAAUUAGCGAUUUUUCGAACGAUUUUGGAAAUUGUAACGAAUCAUUAGAAAAUGUAGUUCUUCAAAAAAAUAACAAAGAAAUCUAUGAUCCAGAAAGUGAACUGAAUUUUCACGAAGCUGUACGUGCUGGAGACGCCAAGUGCGUUGCGGCACUUCUUGCAAGUAACUUAAUACAAAAUCUAGACGAACCGGAUUGGAAUGUUUCAGGUGAUCCACCCCUGCUAGUAGCAGCUACAAAUCAUUGUUUGCCUAUACUUAGUUUAUUACUCGCGAACGGAUGUGAUCCAGCUGUGCGCUCUCCUCGUGGUGAAACGGCGCUUCACAGAGUGAUUUUAAAUGGAGGACCAGGAAAUGUAUUGCAAUUUGUAGGAGAACUUUUGAAAUAUGGUUGCCCAUCAGGCGUAAAAGAGGCUGGUGGUGGUUUGACCGCAUUGCAUAUAUUAACACGUCAACUAGCUCAUGCACAAGGAUCAAAAAAUUUGCAUCAUAAUUUCGAAGCAGCUUUGAAAACACUUGAUUUAUUAGCACGCGCUGGUCCUAUUAAUGCGAAAGAUCAUCAAGGCCGUAGUGCACUUCAUAUUUUAGCUUCAUCUACUAUUUUUGAUAACAACCAUAGAACUGAGAUCGAAUCAUUAAUCGAAACGUUGUUGGCUGCUGGUGCGGAUCCAUCACUAAAAAAUGAUAGAGGAGAAACUCCUUUACAUGAGUGCCUCGAGUGCGGUGCUUUAAAUACCGCGUUUUUACUUAUAUCACAUACACCAACCGGUAUAAUGUCACGUUAUGGUGAAACUCCAUUGCACAUUGCCUCUAGAAAAAAUUAUAUCGAUAUGGUAGCGAAAUUAUUAGAACACGGAGAAGAUCCUAGUGUACAAGAUGCCGGUGGUAAUACACCUUUGCAUCUAGCUUCUGCAAGAGGUUUUCAUCAAACUGUUUCUUUAUUGGUCACAUCGCCUCUUGCACAAUUAGAAAAAUUAAAUACUGAAGGAUUGACUGCACUUCAAGUAGCUGCUGAAAGUGGCUUUAUUAAUGCAGUAAGAUUAUUGUUGAAAGCAGGUGCAGAUCCAAGUCAAACAAUCAACUAUUGCACGACAAUUUUUCAUCGUCAUCCUGAUAUUUCUGUUUUAAUAGAUCACGAAUUGAGUAGACGUCGCCAACUCGCUGCUUAAUUACUUUUUUGUAUGACUUUUUGAUAGUUGCUGAUUUAAUAGUAAAUCUAAUCAAAUUUUCUUUAUAUGUACUGAAAUGUGAUUUGUAAUAGAAUUUUAAAUUUUAAAUUUUAUUUUUAUCGAGAAUAUUUUAUCAAAAAAUUAAUUAAUUUGAUGAUUAUAUUAUUGUUUAUUUUUUGAACUGAUAUAGAAAAAACAUAUGUUUAAUAUUUUAAAGUUAUUUUAACGUUGAAAUUUCUUACAUUAAAUAAAUAAUAAAAUAAUUAUAUUAAAUUAUUGGAUUUUCAUAUAACACAUAUAAUAUUAUUAAUAUUAUAAAAAAUAUUUGUAUUUUGUAUAUAAUAAUUUUGAAAACAAUUUCAUGUUUUGUUAUUUUUUUUAUGUGGUUUUACAAAAUAUUUUAUUGCAAAAUUUAUAUUAAAAAAUAUUACAUAAAAAUGGCAUAUUUUUUUAUUUUAUUAAUUUUAAUAUAUAUAAUAUUUACAUAUAAAACAUUUUUAAAUCAUUGAAUUCCAGAUAUCCAGCUAUGCACAUUUACGAAAUUAAGAAAAAAAAUGAAAAUAAAAUGUAUUAAAAUAACUUGAUUUCAGAAUAUUCUAAACUUAAAGUAUAAUAUGAUUUGAUUCAAUAUACAUACACAAUAUUCAUAUGUACAUAUACUUUUUUAUCAUCCAUUUAUAAGUACUAAUAUUUGCUUAUUGCUCAAGACUGUAUAAUAUACAAAUAUAUAUAUAAAACUAGAACAAACAUAAUUAAAGUUAUAUAAAUGCCAUAAUUUUUGGCUGUGGAUAAAUAGUGCCUUCUAAGACUGUGUUAUAUCAAAAUAUACAUUUUAAAUAAAGGAAUAUAUACAUUUAAA